GGUCGAGUAGAGGAGAGAGACGGCGCCGCCGCUUGCCGCUGCCGCCGGAGUUCCCGUGUUGGGCCGACUCACUCACCACCACUGUCCGCGCUGUCCGUCGGUUUUGCCGGGCGUAGGCGCGUUGUUUCGCACGAGGAUCGGCUCGCUUGCUGGGACAGCGUCAGUAGAACAGACCUUGCGCGCGCCGUCCAACAACGUAGCGUGUUAACGCGUAGCUCAACAAGUGGUUGUCAACAGUUGGUCGUCGGCGCAACAAACUCUUGUGCGACCUGGGAGAAUUUACGGAUCGGCGAAGCCGACGCUGCCUUUUCAUGACCGGCUUCGGCGGCCGACGAGUGUGCGGGCAAAAACAGGUCAUACCUUCUUCGGCUGUGUUCACGAUGGCAGCGUGGCGAUGGACGGCAAGCCUGCUACUCUUGUGUGCUUGUUGUUUGAGUGCAGUUUCGGCGAGCAAUUUGGAUACGGGGCAUGCGACCACGUUCGUAGGCCAGCCCGGUUCGCACUUCGGCUACACCGUGGAGCUCAUCAUUAACCGGGACGGAAAAUUAGCCCUGGUGUCAGCUAUUAAAGGCAACUCAACCACUUUGGGAGAUGAUGUUCACCAGCCUGGUGCCCUGUUCAAGUGCAGACCACAAAUAGAAAGGAACCAGUGCACCGAAGUGCGCGUUGACACUUCAGACAAAGGGGAAGAUGCUGAGAAUGAAGCUGAUGGAGAACCCUUUCAUGACCUCCAUGACAACAUGCACCUUGGGAUGUCGAUGCUUGUUCAGCCUGGACCUGAUGGCAGAGUUAUUGUAUGUGCCCCAAAGUGGAAAAAUCAGCUAUAUAAGAAGACAAUGUACAUGCUUAAUGGAAUCUGCUAUGUCCUCGACCAUGACCUGGCCCACAGUGAUGCACUGCGUCCACUUCUCAGAAGAAUACAACAAGUUGUGCCACCAAACGCUGACCAACCAGAUGGCUACUACUAUGCCGUAGCAGAGUUUGGAUUUUCAGCAGACGUCUCCACUAGUAAUGAACUCCUUGUAGGUGCCCCAGGACUCAUUGACUGGACAGGCUCAGUCAUCAAAUACACGAUACCUAAUGAUACAUCUGAGACCUUGAAUCUCAAAGUCCGGGGCCUUUUGGAUGCUGGCAAGAUUCCGAGAAUUCAACAAUACAUCGGUUACAGUGUAACGUCAGGCCGCUUCUUUGAAAGCAUGGGCCCUUCUAUGGUCGCUGGAGCUCCAAGAGAAACCGAGGACCGUAAAGGAGCUGUGUAUUUCUUCACCCAAGAAACCGCAUCGUCAAAUAGCCUUCGCGUGCAGAUGAAGAAAGAAGGUGAACAGAUGGGCUCAUACUUUGGUGCUGCAGUGCUGGGAAUUGACUUAAACAAUGACAACUACUCCGACUUGAUUGUUGGUGCUCCCUUCUACUCUCUUAAAGAAACUACUGGGGAUGAGGGAAAGGCAUAUGUCUACAUUAGCAAUGGAGCGAGUCUGUCCCUGCAACAUGGUCAACUCAUGGGUUCAUCUGUGCCUGGAGCUCGAUUUGGUAUUACUAUCGUCAACAUAGGUGACCUCAACCUCGAUGGAUAUCCAGAUGUAGCUAUUGGUGCUCCAUAUGAAAAUGACCAUGGUGCUGUGUACAUAUAUAAUGGUGGGAAGAAUGGUCUAAAAACCACUUAUAGCCAGCGCAUUGAGGCCAGGUCGCAGAUAUCUCAACCACAGGGUUUUGGGAUCAGCAUUUCCAAGGCAUUGGAUAUUGAUGACAAUGAAUACCCAGAUAUCAUGAUAGGAGCUUACAAGUCAGACAUGGCUUACCUCUUUAGGGCUUCUCCUAUUGCAUAUGCAAAGGCCUGGAUUGAAAUACCCACAGGGCGGAUGUCCAGCAAAACCCCAAAAUGCAACAGGAACAACGUCUACUAUUACUGCAUUGAAGUGUUGGCCUGCAUGACCUACUCUGGAAAAUUUCUCAACGAAGAACUAGGGUUUUUCUACGAGUUGGAAAUCGACAGCAAGAGGGCAGAUAAACAGUCACCGAGGGGUGGCUUUGAGCUGCCUAAUGGAAUAAUUGCUGCAAGUGUCUCAGCUGAAAAGACUAUACGGAUGGGUGUUGAAAACUGCUUCUCAGAGGUGGCCCUUAUAGACGGGAACGUCACUGAUUUAGUGACACCAUUUGAGUUUCGUUUGUCGUUCGACUUGGCGGAUAAUCUGAAGAGGGGGAAGCGCGAUUCCUUUUGUAAGGAGUGUCCCAUCUUGGACCAAAGUACAGUUAAAGUCGUCACUAAUCGGACUGCUUUCCAAGUGGCAUGUGGUGCCGACAACGUGUGCAACGCCGACUUGGAGCUGAAGGCUAGCAUUGAAGGACACGAGAACAACUCGCCAUUGGUCGUAGGCAAAGACAGCACUGUCACGCUCAAUGUCACCGUGAAAAACCGUGAGGAAGAGCCGGCCUACCUCGCCGAAGUUGAAAUUAACCUUCCUGAAAAUGUGGACAUCGUGAACAUUGGCAGUUGUGAGAAAAAGAACAGCUCAACCCUGACAUGUGACAUCGGAAAUCCUCUGAACAGUAAUGUGGAGACGAAGCUUGCUGUGAAGCUGGGCCUUACAAAGCUCAAGAAGAAACUUGAGGUCAAAGUCUUUGCAAGAACACUCAGUUUGGAUGUCGACCGCAGCAACGACCAUGUUCUUAUUGCCUUGCCACUCAUCCACCAUGCUGACAUAGCACUUCAGGGGUCUGCAUCUAUAAGCCAGCUAAUCUACAACAAGUCUACAGAUAUUGUUCCUGUGGUUCACACUUUUACGAUGGUGAAGUACUACGACAGCCCCAUUAACAAAGUUGCUGUUACGAUAUCUGUGCCGCUCAGGAUUGUGGGGCAUAAGGCCAAUUUUAUGACCCUUCUGAGUGUGAUAGCUGAUGACGGGAGUCGAACUAAAGUUGGUGGCAGCUGCAACAGCUCAGUUGCAAGCCUACGCAAACGCUCUUCAUCAACCACAUCUCCACCUAUCACAAGGCAGCGCAGGGAAGCAAACCCUCUUGCAAUUCUAGAGGGCCACUUUCCUGCAGCCCAAAUCAAAUCACUGACGCUGGACUGCUCAGGUGCCGAGUGCAUGAGCUUCACCUGCCAGAUGGGCCCAUUUGCUGACAAGAACAAGGUGGCUAAAAUCGAGCUUAACAUGAUCAUCAAUGUCACCCUUAUCAUGGAGCAAGUGGGAAUACCAGACACUGUAGACAUCAUCUCAGAAGGUUCCCUCACAAUCUUGGAUGAAACGGAGUUUACACACUACGUCAAGCAGCAACCCAAGCAGGCAAUGAUUGUCACCUCGCUCGUCAAAGAAGGCCCACCUGCAACACCCUCCUUGGCAUGGUGGAUCUAUCUUCUCAUAGUUCUGGGCGGCUUGCUUGUGCUCUUGGUCAUCAUUCUUGUUCUCUACAAGUGGGGAUUCUUCAAGAGACAAGCCAAGGAAGAUUUGGAGCGCUCAAAACGGGAGUCCUUAGCAGCCAGCAGCGCACCAAAUUCACCCACAACAGAGGCUCUGCCCAGCAUACCUUCAGAUGAUCCAGAAGUCAGGAGGAGCCUUCUCAGCUCGGAGAACCCCUGAGGCGAGCCGAUCUGGUGGCCUGCCAAUCCUAAGCAUGCUCAAGCAUUGCAUCUGCGCUAGUCACAUUGUCGUCGUGUUGCCUGGGGCACUUCACUUUUGAUAUAUUGCCUUGUUAUCCGCCUUGAAAGGCACUGUUUUGUGUCUCUGCACUGACAGAUUGCCCUUGGCACAUUGUACAGGCCUGUUAUAGGAUCUUGGGCGAAGCUGACUACUAUGCAUAAAAUUAGGGCCCUUGGAAUCUACAGCAAUAGAACACUUCUAACAUUCCAGGUAGUUGUACAUGGUUAUCUUAGGGUUUUGUUGGUUGUGGAAGGCUGGAGAUGAUGAAAAAUUAGUAACAAAGGAGUAAAGAUACAACACAAAGGGCUAUGCUUUGAACAACUUCUUAGCUCUUCGUGUUGGUGUUGGUUGAGAAUGUACACGCUGUUUUGAUUAUAAGGCAACAGUUGUGGAGUGCUCCAGAGUACUUGAAACACUGCCGAGUCCUCCUGUUGUCACAUCAUUAUAGAGACUGAAGAUAGCAUCUGGAGGCCCUUUGGUAUUGAGUGGCAAGGUAAUUGGAGCAGCGAAAGAUAAAAUUUUAUCAGGGUGGCUCAGGGCAUUUUAAUAUUUUAUAGAACAUUUUAUAAUUAAGUCUACGUGUGUCCAGAUAUACAUCUUAUGUGACCUUUAUGAAGAGGUAGAAAUUCAAAGAAGAGCGUAGGUGCACUGCUGGUCUGUGCAUACUUUUUAACCCUUGCUUGUAGAAUAGUUGAACAAAAAUCCGUGAGCUGGCUGAUGCCCUAAAUCUGCCGCUGUGUAGUUCUGCCAUCCAUCCAUAGUUGCUGCAGUUGGUUAUAAUGCCUAACUUUCUUAGAUGAAUAUGGAUGCAACGAAGUACUUUGUGCACGUAGCCGCUCAUGGUCACAGAUAUGCGUCAAGACAUGGUUUACGUAGUACAUUGUAUAGCUUCGUUUUGCAGGGAUUGUACUUAAGUUGUAUUUCCACUUCUUGUUCUAUGAGAAAGACGGUUGUAUGUUGUUGUUUUUAGGUAUUUCUGUUGUUUAAUGGGGACAUUUUUAUUUUGUUUCAAUGACAAAACUACUUCAGUAGGUUUACUUGCAGUGCAGUGUACAUAAUGUAUGGAUACAUGAAGUGCCAAGUCUGGUUCUGUGUGGUCUAGCAUAAGUGCAUCCAAGGCUUUUGAUCAGCAUUGUCUUAAAUAGAGGCACACCUGUGUUGCAUCAUCGAUUAGCAUAGUUUCAUGAUGUGGGUAUCGCUUCAGCAGUUUCUUUUAGAAUGAAGUCUAUCACUGCCGACAUUGAGCUGAAGCAUUGACUGUAUGCAAAGCUACGGCUUAUUGCUAGAAUAAGGUUGUGUAUGGUUGUAAAGGUGGCCUGUGAGUGAUGUGAUGAUAUCCUGUGAUCUCUACUUAAAUAGCUGAUGCCAUGUUUGUGCCUUAUGGAAAGCUUCUUGACGAGCACAAGUGCUCGUAGAUUCUGGCCGUAUUUGGGAUAUUGGCUGACAAUUUUUUUUAAACAGUUCCAUUUUACAAAUUACAGAGCUGAUUUAUCUUGUUUUCUGCUGACCUGCUGUUGUGUAUAUCCAUGCAGAGCUGUUAACAUAUGCAAAACUUGUCAUGGCAGAUUACUGUAAUGAAAAACUUGUGUUUCUUUGAAAGAAACUUCUUAUUCCUGCCCUGGUUUCUAUCAUUGUAUUCUUUUUGUUUACUUCAACCUGCGGAAUAGCCUUCACACACAGUGAACUGCAUGUUUUGGCUAAUAUUUUACAGAAUAUUUUUAUCAUGAAAAUUAUGACGCUGUUUCUUAAAAACACUAUGUUAACGUGGCAAGCAUACUUGGAGCUGCCACGUUUUUGUGUCCAUCCAUCAUUGCUGUGAAAUAAGUUCCUUGAAAAGGGCGCCAUGCUUUGUCAUUUGAUAAAGCUUUGGAUGAAUAUUUUUAUUCAGUCUUGUGUCCUUCUACAUUUAAGCGGAUAAAAAGAUAUAUAUAGAUGGUUUAGAAGAAGGUGUUGUAAAUAAUACAAAAGAAAAAAGAAACCUUAUGGGUGAUUAACAAUGCCACAGCCAUGUUGGUGCACUCCAGACAUUGUAAAGGGGUCCAGAAGCACUUUUUCAAGUAACCAUCGAAUAGCUUUAAUAAAGCAGCUUAUUGGCUCACGAAUCGACCAUUGCAAAAAUUUUUAGAAUCCGUCAAGUACGAGCGGAGUUACAGAGAUUUGUCGCAUGCUGUAAUUGCUUUUUUUCUUCUCUUGUCCUGACGAGCACACUGGGAGCUAAGCAGGGAGGGAUGUCACAGGGGAAACAAAUUACGUCAAACGUGCAUCAUGACCUUGAGCUUUUUUUUUCUUUUUUUGAACGCGCGGCUUACUUUCGGUGUGAUCGCGAGCGCGUGCGCUGGCACGUGGCAUCCUCCCGCGGUGGCCUCUGUAACUAUGCAGCACAUGAUGCUUAAAUCAGCCAAUGGCCGUGAAUUUGGGUAUAUGGCGCGGUCAUUUGGGUAUAUUGCACCAUUUGUAGAAAGAAGAGGGAAUAAUUUCUAGCUGACUGAAAAUAAAUUGAAAAUUCCAGGCCGCGUUCUGCGCUAUAAUGUUUGGCUAGUGUGUACUCAGAAGCCUCGACUACCGAACGGCAGUGUUUUUUGACCAUGCUGAAAAGUGUUGCAGGGCCCCUUUAAGAGAUAGGCUUAAUUUGAAAAAUACUUAGUGAAAGCUCUUUUAGAGUUCUUCAUGGUUAAGUGUUGGUCACUGUUGCAAUAGUAGAAACAAAGAGUGCAUUAUAUGUAAGAAGGGCAUGACUUACAUAAUUAUUGUGCUAUAUAUAACCUGAUAUGUUCAACAGUGGCACUUCUAAGAGCAAAAUUGCAUCUAUUUAGGUCAGGGCAGGCUCUUCUCCUAGUGUAACUUAGCUGCCAUACUCACUGUAGCUUCCUUAUUACAUGACGUCUGAUGCCCACUGCUUUCACCAAUGACUGUUUUGAAGUCCUUUCAAAAUGUAAGCAUGUUCUAUAAGCUUUAGGAUAAGAUACGUAGAUGCUGAAUCUGAGAACAUAUUCUUUUGGUAAUGUUGCUUUUAAUGAAGGCUAAUCAGUUAUGCUACUAGGCUGAAUUCCUGUUCUUUGUGUGUUAUCCUGUGUGUCAGGCACUACGUCAUGCAAAAGUAUCCCGAAAACCCAGAAUGUGAUCACUUAAUGAUGCGCUACUUCACACAUCAAUGCAAUAUUUUACAUGGCUAUCCACAUAUGCAAUCCUCUGUGCUUCUAUGCAUAGUUCAUUAAGACACUGACAUUACCUUCCACUGCUGUAAGAGGUUAGCAUAGAGAAACCUGCUUCUGGUAAUACAUUUUUUUCAUUGUUAGGAAGGAAAGAAGUGGCUAUUUUAGAAGUGGCUUUAAGUACAGCUGGUAUCAAAAAUUUAGGGACUGUGGAAUCUGAAAAAAAAAAAAAACAUCACAUUUCUGAGCAGUUUGUGAAUGUAGCCAGAAAAACCAUAGAAUACUGUGUUGUUCAGAUUUAUAUUUGAUCAAGUUAGAAGUCAAAUAGCAAGCUGUGCACUCGGGCUGUGAAAAUAUGCAACACUUUCUUAUAUCUCACAUUCCAUAAACUUUUUAAACUGACUGUACGUCUGAUUGACAAUGUUGCUAUGGCAGCAGUAAUCAUGGUCUGAACACUGUUGGUUUACUGUAGCAAAUAGUAGUGAUGAGAGAAGUGAGCCGUAUUAAAGUUAGACAUCGUCACACAAGCAAACGUGUAAGGUUGUGCACUGGGUACUCUGUAGGCUGUACAUUAAUGUUAAUGAGUCCCAAAAAACUCAUCCACGCUAGUGCCAUAUGAAUGUGUGGGAUUUCAUAUAAAAGCUUGUGCAUUUCCCUAUAUGAUCAUAAGAAAUUAUUAGGUGCGGAAUGUAUAGGGUGAACGGAUCAAAUCAAAUCAGAUCAAAUCAAAUUUUUAUUUGAUUUGAUUUGAGGGUGAACGGAUGUUCCACAAAGGAGUCAGAAUUUUAUAUGCAAAUAUCAGGCAGGCCAACAGUUUUCAGAUAUGAGUAAAAGGAGAUCAGUAGCAAAAAGGUUAUAAAGGCAUUGUGUCAAGGUGCACAAUUUUCAGUGACUAUCCAGUAUUCCAUUUCAAUUGUCAUGUUAAAUGAAGGAUAAAAACUUCGUCUUUUUUUCUUAGAGCAAUGGAUAUGAUUAGUGUGCAUCUAUCAGGGGCUCCAUUUCUGCAGCUACAGUAUUCACUCAAGAAUUAGUAAUUAAAUGUUGCUUAUGCUGAUUUCACUUCACUGUCACGCAAACCUGUAGACUGCGUCUGGCAGAAGUAUGAACAUGGCUGUGCCUGUGUCCAACUCCCCCUCAUGUUUUAUCUUUUUAAAAUAGUAAUUGUAAUUUUUCAACAGCCACAAACUUUUUUGUGCUGAUAGUAAUGUGGUUUGAUUCUUUGUAAACCGUAGUAGUGGAAAAGACCCGUGUGGUAUCGGUAGUUGUUUUCAUAAAAUCUUUAGGGCUUUAGUAAGCUUUUGAGACAGAUGACCAAGUUUUGUCUUGAAUUUUCGCCUUCAGAGAUCAAUUUAUGUAUCUCAGGAGGUUUUAGAGGCUAAUGUUGUUCCUUUUCCUUGUUUUAAUAGCUCAUGUAGAAGUAGGUAGAGGUAUUGCUGUCUGCAUUUUGUGAUUGCUGUUUUCUCUUUAAAUUCUUGGAUAAAGGGUCUACUGUAUCGGCGAAUUAUGCCUCAUAUUGUGUAAUUGUGUGUGUAUACAAGGCCAUGCAUGUAGCCAUCAUGCUGCUGUGGUGCGAUUUAAAAUUUCUAGAUCAUGCUAUGUGGGGACAAGUGUACAGGGUGGUUAAUCAUGCUAUUUAUGAUGAUUCAUGUGAUUUUUCAGAGUGUUUCUUGUGUUCAUUGCUCAUCAUGUAUCGAUUACAUUCUCAUUACAACCAGACCAUACUGCCUUGAGAGUGCUGUAUUAUGCUUCUUAAAUUCACCUUCAUGCGUAGAUAUCACAUAGAAAAGUUCAACACGAAAAUAUUUCUGUUAGGUCUUUCUACAGUGUUUUUAUAUUCACACAUCUCUUUUGUAGGAGUAUUAAAGAGCCAGAAUAAAGUCUACUGUUUUAUUAAGAAAA